AUGGCGGAGGCGGCGACGCGCGCCACGCAGAGGCAGCCGCCGUCGUGGGCGGACAUCCCGCAGGACCUGGCCGUCCAGGUGCUCCGCUUCCUCGCGGCCCAGGUGGACCGAGCCCGCUUCGCCGCCGUGUGCCCGCAGUGGCGCGCCGUCGCCCCCCUGCACCCGCCGCUGCCGCUGCUGGCGCUCCCGGACGGGGCAUUUUACAGCCUCCCCUACGGCAAGGCCUUCCGCUUCCCUCGUUCCGGCUGCGCUGGCUACAAGACCGCCGCCUGUGGCCGCUGGCUCGUCUUCCCGCUCGACGACGGCUGCUUCUUGGUCGACCCCUUCGCCGGCGCCACCGUGACGCUCCCUGCCCUGUCUCGUGUCCGGCUCCGACCCCCAAAUGCAGUUGCUAGAUACGUGAAGGUUGCGGUUGCAGGGCAGGAUGCACAUGUAGACAUGUUCUACCCUCACACUACCUGGAUGCAUAUCAGGAGCUCAGAGAAGAUGGCCAUAAACAAGCUACUCUUGUGCUCGCCAAACCUGGCCGCUGCGUUCGUCGGCAGCACACUAGCCAAUGCUGGACGCACGAGUCAGAUUCUGGUGUGCCAGCCAGGGGCUUCGUCAUGGUCGGUACGAGCUUAUGACAAGUGCAGGCUGUUUGAAGAUAUGGCAUUCUAUCAGGGGAAGCUGUGCGUUCUUGCUGAUGAUGAGAACCUCCUCGUCGUCGACAUCAGCCAAGACCCAGGCACCGGUGAUCCACAGAUCUCCCGAAUUGGGAAGGUCAUCAAGGGCAAUCCCUCCUGGUACCCAACUCAGAUCCCAGAUGGUGUCACUACGGACAAGAAGAAGGUCUACCUCGUCGAAUCACGUGGCGCGUUGAUGAUGGUACGCAGGAAGAUUUGCUGCAGAGUGGCAGGCAAGACCCUUGUGGCUGGACAGAGCGAGUUUGAGGUGUUCACGGCUGAUCUGGAGCACUCACGGUGGGUGAACGCGACAACCCUGGGGGAUGACCAGAUGGUUUUCCUCGGACGGCCAUGCUCCAGGGUUGUGCCGGCGUCUCAGUAUGGGAUGCCGGCCGACCAAAUCUUCUUCUUGGACGAUGUUCUGGAGAAUGGCAAGGAGUAUGCCUAUGAGGAGGAGAUCACUUCUGUCGGUGUCUACGACAUGAGGGGCGGCGAGGUCACAUCCGCUGUACCGAUGGCCUGGAAGCAUGAGAUGAGCCCUGCAACAUGGCUGUUCCCUUGGGAUUGAAGUGAAGGUGUGUUACUACUUUGCAGUCUCGCGAUAAUUACUUAGUAGUUGCCUUAGGACCAUUGUACUGUGAUCGAUUACUCUAAUGUGAGAUGUUAACUUCAUCCAAAUCCAUCAGGCCUCAGCCUUAGUGUGCUGACUAGAUUCUUUUGGGGGACUCAACUAGCUGACUGUAGUUUGAUCCAUCUCUAAGUACUUUGGGGUUGAUCACGCAAUGCUCAUGCUGUCAACUUGUGAUGAAUCUCUCGCCACCAAUUGGGCUUAUUUGACUUGAGUAUGUUUUUGUCAGUUCUUCAUUGUGCGUAUCCUGUUUGAUCAGACUCCUGAUGGUUUAUGGUUAUCAGUAGUAAUCAUAAUAUUCUUCA